GGAGGAGAGAGAGCCUCUGAUGAUCCAGUCAAGUUUCGGGACGACGAAACGGGACUUUCAGUUUCCUUUGGACCUCCGCGAGAACAACAUCGUAAGCGUAACGGUUGCGCUGAUACGCGCGUGAAAGUUUUUGUCUCUCAAGCGUUCAGCCAUUAUCGUACAUGCUGUCAAUUUCCAACAAGGAGAGGACGAGAGAGACAUAGGGUGUACCAUAUAAUACGUGAACAUCGAGGAGCGGGCUGUAGCGACGUGAAAGUGGUCGGCUGGAAGUGGCGGAAUGCGGAGUGCUGGGCGCUACGGCGUGCACGCUGAUCCAUGCCCUACCGUUGUAUCGAGAAGCCAAAAAGGGAUGAUGAGAUGUCGGUGAGAAUCGAGGAACCUAAGAAUGAAAGCGCGCGGCAUUUAGUCCGCUGCUGAGCAUUCUACAAGAGCAUGCAGCGGUGGUUACUGGCCCUAGACGAACCUGCAUCUAACCCAUGCGGUAACACCGUCAUCAACCAUCAAUCAUCCAGCGCCGCAGUCGCGACGACCUUGGCAGUUUCACCUGGGAACCAGAACAGCCCCGACGAUGAUGGUGUAAAGUUAGCUUUGCGUCUACCGAACGAGCGAUACGUUUGCAAUCCCGACAGUCUGUACGCCGUGCCGAGAACAGACUUGCACGAAGCAGAAUGGAUAGAGCCCGACUCGAUAGACGCUGAAGUUUCAAGAUUCGUGGCCGGCUCGUCAACAACCACAACGCGAAACAAUCUAAGAAAAUGUUGCCGGACUUCGACCAGUUCUGGCUAUUCCAGCCACUCUCCGCCAUUGUCCGCUGGCUCUUACUCUUGUUAUGCAUCGGCAGUCCCUGGUCAGGGCAUUUUCCGGGCUGUGCCUAUAACGAUGAAAGACCAGUUCGGUGGAGGGCUUGCUGUAAUUCACGAGAGCGAGGCGAUCCCGCGUCCCAUUUGGCCGUCUGCGUUUCCUAGCCCGCGUGAACUUCAUCAGAACGAUGAAAACCCCGAAUACGAUGCUUUGUACGCGUGCUGCGGAUGCGGUUGCGCGUAUGCAUAUUCGUACUGCGAUUGGGAUUAUGAAAACUCUGCAGGCACAUCGGCGCGCGACGUCCUCCUCGAGUUAUCCCGAACGCUGAACUCUGUGAUAGAAGGCGAGACCGCUAUGACGUCGGAGGAAAUCCUGCAUAGCAUCUCGCAGAAAGUUGCUCAAGGAAUCGGUUUGAAAGGAGGGAUCUACGAGUACGUUUAUCAUAACUCGUCGUUCAUACCCGGCAAGACAUCGUUCGUAAGCGACAAGAACUCGUCGUUGUUGAGCUGUAACAAUAGAAUCUCGUCGACGAGAAUCAAUCCGGUAAAUUCUAAGCUCUACGGUAACGUACGGCAUUUUUACGUACAUAACCCGGCAUGGUUCACCUGUUUGAACUCCUGCGAACAUGCUCACGGAUUUUUAUCAUCGUCGAAGGUUGAGGAACGCGUCGGGACAGCGAACAACGAGCCAGAAAAGAAAGGAAGCCCGUCAGCUGUGUUUUUGGUAGAUGAUCAUUGCCAAGAAACUACUCUCGGAUCGGCAUCGCAAAGAAAUAGAAACAUUUCCGGUUCGCGCAUUUGCAAAUGUUUGAGCCGUUUAAGUCAUAACGUUAAAGAACCGCAGAACGCAUUCGCGACCUGUUGCGUUGGCGUUGAUGCGAAAAAGACUAUCGUAACGAACGGCGAAACAAAGCAAAAUCGAAAUAGGCUCGUUCACAGCGAACCGGAAUACGUGACGCAGCUGGAGUGCAGCGACGGUGGUUCAUCCAGCGAAGGCAUAAUCGUUUCGUCCGGUAAAAGUAACUGGGACCAUCAUAUACGAGGGUUCGCCGGAGACUUAGACUUCACGUUGGACGUUUCUCGUGCCGAACGAUUGGGCAGAGCGAUCGCGAAAGCGAAACGAAAGCGACAAUGGUGUAGGGUUCUAACCGCCUUCUUCGGACUAGUCUUCUUCGUUUUAAGUGUCGUCGUUGUCUCGUUGUCCGUGACAAGAGGUCGUAAAGUAUUUGGAAGCAUGUGAGACAAUAUGCUAACGAGUUAGUGAAGUGAUAUAAUUGGAGAUAGUCGCCUAAUGACCCUGAGUAAUCAAUACUUUUUGUCCCGAGUAUAAUUUAAUCGUUCAGUCAGGACGGUCUCACGACGGCUAUUGUAAAAAAAACGCUGACUGAUAUACUCUCGCUUUAUGUAUUUCUCAGUACCUUAUACAGUUAAGUGAAAUUAGCAGGAUUCAAAUCCUGUUAACAAUAUGUGGCUGUGACCAUGUUCUUAUGUACGAAUACUAAUAUACGAUAUAUGCCCUAAUAAAGCCAUGUCAAAUAUUGAAUCUAUGAAAAUUAUACGAUUCAAAAUUUGAAUAAAUAAAGGAGAAACA